AAAGUCUCACUCUGUCUCACCCAUGCUGAAAUGCAGUGGUGCAAUCUCGGCCCACUACAACCUCUGCCUCCCGGGUUCAAGCGAUUCUUGUGCCUCAUAAGUAACUGAGAUUACAGGUGCGUGCCACCACGCACAGCUAGUUUUUGUAUUUUUAGUAGAGACAGGGUUUCACCAUGUUGGCCAGGUUGGUCUCGAACUCCUGACCUCAGGUGAUUCGCCUGCCUCGGCCUCCCAAAGUGCUGGGAUUACAGGCGUGAGCCACUGUGCCUGGCCCAGAAUACCUUUUAAUGGACAGAUUUAGGACUAGAAAUUAAAUAAUUUAUAGAUUAUGGAUAGUUGGGAUAAUUCCUCCUUUUACAGUUUACGUAUCUUUAUUUUGAGACGAGGAUUUAAAUGUUUAGUCUUAUAUAGAGGAGAGCUAAGAAAGUGCUACCUAGAGAAUUUAAAUGUAAAGAGUGGACUGUACCUGUGAGACUGAUGGAAGCGCUUCGUGUUGGCAUAGGGAAAUCUUCAAACACUAAAUGCUGUAGUUCUCUGACCAGUUAGUAUUUGUUGUUUGUUUGUUUGUUUCUUUUUUAACUUUUAUUUAUUUAUUUUUUUUCUUGAGAUAGUUUCACUCUGUCACCUGGGCUGAGUGCCAUGGCGUGAUCUCAGCUCACUACGACCUCUGCCUCCUGGGUCCAAGCGAUUCUCAUGCCUCCGCCUCCCGUGUAGCUGGGAUUACAGCCAUGUGCCACCAUGCCCAGCUAAUUUUUGUGUUUUUAGUAGAGACAGGGUUUCACCAUGUUGGCCAGGCUGGUCUCGAGCUCCUGAUCUCAGGUGAUCCACCCACCUUUGCCUCCCAGAGUGCUGAGAUUACAGGUCUGAGGAAAAAAAACCUGUCCCCUGGUGCGGUGGAAUCGGAUGUGAGAGGAAUAACUGGGGUUGAUCUAUUUGGAACUACAGAUGCAGUGGUGAAGCAUGUACUAGAGGGUCACGAUCGUGGAGUAAACUGGGCUGCUUUCCACCCCACUAUGCCCCUUAUUGUAUCUGGGGCAGAUGAUCGUCAAGUGAAGAUCUGGCGCAUGAAUGAAUCAAAGGCAUGGGAGGUUGAUACCUGCCGGGGCCAUUACAACAAUGUAUCUUGUGCCGUCUUCCACCCUCGCCAAGAGUUGAUCCUCAGCAAUUCUGAGGACAAGAGUAUUCGAGUCUGGGAUAUGUCUAAGCGGACUGGGGUUCAGACUUUCCGCAGAGACCAUGAUCGUUUCUGGGUCCUAGCUGCUCACCCUAACCUUAACCUCUUUGCAGCAGGCCAUGAUGGUGGUAUGAUUGUGUUUAAGCUGGAACGGGAACGGCCAGCCUAUGCUGUUCAUGGCAAUAUGCUACACUAUGUCAAGGACCGAUUCUUACGACAGCUGGAUUUCAACAGCUCCAAAGAUGUAGCUGUGAUGCAGUUGCGGAGUGGUUCCAAGUUUCCAGUAUUCAAUAUGUCAUACAAUCCAGCAGAAAAUGCAGUCCUGCUUUGUACGAGAGCUAGCAAUUUAGAGAAUAGUACCUAUGACCUGUACACCAUCCCUAAAGAUGCUGACUCCCAGAAUCCUGAUGCGCCUGAAGGGAAACGAUCCUCAGGCCUGACAGCUGUUUGGGUCGCUCGAAAUCGGUUUGCUGUCCUAGAUCGGAUGCAUUCGCUUCUGAUCAAGAAUCUGAAGAAUGAGAUCACCAAAAAGGUACAGGUGCCCAACUGUGAUGAGAUCUUCUAUGCUGGCACAGGCAAUCUCCUGCUUCGAGAUGCGGACUCUAUCACACUCUUUGACGUACAGCAGAAGCGGACUCUGGCAUCUGUGAAGAUUUCUAAAGUGAAAUACGUUAUCUGGUCAGCAGACAUGUCACAUGUAGCACUACUAGCCAAACACGCCAUUGUGAUCUGUAACCGCAAACUGGAUGCUUUAUGUAACAUUCAUGAGAACAUCCGCGUCAAGAGUGGGGCCUGGGAUGAGAGUGGGGUAUUUAUCUAUACCACAAGCAACCACAUCAAAUAUGCUGUCACCACUGGGGACCACGGGAUCAUUCGAACUCUGGAUUUACCCAUCUAUGUCACACGGGUGAAAGGCAACAAUGUAUACUGCCUAGACAGGGAGUGUCGUCCCCGGGUACUCACCAUUGAUCCCACUGAGUUCAAAUUCAAGCUGGCCCUGAUCAACAGAAAAUAUGAUGAGGUACUGCACAUGGUGAGGAAUGCCAAACUAGUUGGCCAGUCUAUUAUUGCUUAUCUCCAGAAGAAGGGCUAUCCUGAAGUGGCACUGCAUUUUGUCAAGGAUGAGAAAACUCGCUUUAGUCUGGCACUGGAGUGUGGAAACAUUGAGAUUGCUCUGGAAGCAGCCAAAGCAUUGGAUGACAAGAACUGCUGGGAAAAGCUGGGAGAAGUGGCCCUGCUGCAGGGGAACCACCAGAUUGUGGAAAUGUGCUAUCAGCGUACCAAAAACUUUGACAAACUUUCCUUCCUGUAUCUUAUCACUGGCAACUUAGAAAAACUUCGCAAGAUGAUGAAGAUUGCUGAGAUCAGAAAGGACAUGAGUGGCCAUUAUCAGAAUGCCCUAUACCUGGGUGAUGUGUCAGAGCGUGUGCGGAUCCUGAAGAACUGUGGACAGAAAUCCCUGGCCUAUCUCACAGCUGCUACCCAUGGCUUAGAUGAAGAAGCUGAGAGCCUAAAGGAGACAUUCGACCCAGAGAAGGAGACUAUCCCAGACAUUGACCCUAAUGCCAAGCUGCUCCAGCCACCUGCACCUAUCAUGCCCUUGGAUACCAAUUGGCCUUUAUUGACUGUAUCCAAAGGAUUUUUUGAAGGCACCAUUGCCAGCAAAGGGAAGGGAGGAGCACUGGCUGCUGACAUUGACAUUGACACCGUUGGUACAGAGGGCUGGGGAGAGGAUGCAGAGCUGCAGUUGGAUGAAGAUGGGUUUGUGGAGGCUACAGAAGGUUUGGGGGAUGAUGCUCUUGGCAAGGGACAGGAAGAAGGAGGUGGCUGGGAUGUAGAAGAAGAUCUGGAGCUCCCUCCUGAGCUGGAUAUAUCCCCUGGGGCAGCUGGUGGGGCUGAAGAUGGUUUCUUUGUGCCCCCAACCAAGGGAACAAGUCCAACUCAGAUCUGGUGUAAUAACUCUCAGCUUCCAGUUGAUCACAUCCUGGCAGGCUCUUUUGAAACAGCCAUGCGGCUCCUUCAUGACCAAGUAGGGGUAAUCGAGUUUGGCCCCUACAAGCAACUGUUCCUACAGACAUACGCCCGAGGCCGCACAACCUAUCAGGCUCUGCCCUGCCUACCCUCCAUGUAUGGCUAUCCUAAUCGCAACUGGAAGGAUGCGGGGCUGAAGAAUGGUGUACCAGCUGUGGGCCUGAAGCUUAAUGACCUCAUCCAACGGUUGCAGCUGUGCUACCAGCUCACCACAGUUGGAAAAUUUGAGGAGGCUGUGGAAAAAUUCCGUUCCAUCCUUCUCAGUGUGCCACUUCUUGUUGUGGACAAUAAACAAGAGAUUGCAGAGGCCCAGCAGCUCAUCACCAUUUGCCGUGAGUACAUUGUGGGUUUGUCCAUGGAGAUAGAAAGGAAGAAGCUGCCCAAAGAGACUCUAGAACAGCAGAAGCGCAUCUGUGAGAUGGCAGCCUAUUUUACCCACUCAAACCUGCAGCCUGUGCACAUGAUCCUGGUGCUGCGUACAGCCCUCAAUCUCUUCUUCAAGCUCAAGAACUUCAAGACAGCUGCCACCUUUGCUCGGCGCCUACUAGAACUCGGGCCCAAGCCUGAGGUGGCCCAACAGACCCGAAAAAUCCUGUCUGCCUGUGAGAAGAAUCCCACAGAUGCCUACCAGCUCAAUUAUGACAUGCACAACCCCUUUGACAUCUGUGCUGCAUCAUAUCGGCCCAUCUACCGUGGAAAGCCAGUAGAAAAGUGUCCACUCAGUGGGGCCUGCUAUUCCCCUGAGUUCAAAGGUCAAAUCUGCAGGGUCACCACAGUGACAGAGAUUGGCAAAGAUGUGAUUGGUUUAAGGAUCAGUCCUCUGCAGUUUCGCUAAGGCCCCCUUUGUGUGCAUGGGUCAGUCACUGUAUGUUGCCCCCAGAGAAUGUGUCUAUAUCCUCCUUCUAACAGCACCUUCCCCCUGCAGCUACUCUUUGGAUUUGGCUGUCUCUACCCUAAAACCUAGUAUCUUUUUCUCUUCUAUGGAAAAUCCGAAAGUCUAAACUUGACUUUUUUGAGGUCUUCUCAACUUGACUAUAGUUGUGCUCAUAAUUGUCCUUGCCUUUCCAGCUUAAUUCUUUUAAGGAACAAAUGAAAACUCUGGGCUGGGUGGAGUGGCUCAUGCCUGUAAUCCCAGCACUGUGGGGAGGCUGCGGUGGGCAGAUCAUCUGAGGCCAGGAGUUCGAGACCUGCCUGGCCAACAUGGCAAAACCCCGUCUCUAAUAAAAAUACAAAAAUUAGCCUGGCAUGGUAGCAUGCGCCUAUAGUCACAGCUACUCGGGAGGCUGAGGCAUGAGAAUCGCUUGAACCUAGGAGGUGGAGGUUGCAGUCAACUGAGAUCAUACCACUUCAUUCCAGCCUGGGUGACAGAGCAAGACUCUGUCUCAAAAAAAAAAAAAAAAAAAAAAAGAAAACUCUGUGAUGGACAUUUGUUUAGUAAAUCCCUUCAGUAUUUAUCCCUCCUCUCCCCACAGCAGCUUUCUUUCCUCAACUAGAAAGGAGCGGGAUGUAAUAAAUACAUGUUGGUGUGACUAGGCCACACCAACUCUUAAUCAUCUCCCAUUUUCCUUAGACAUUUAAAUUCCCAGGCAGUCUCUGUGUACUCAGAAAUUUGAAGAAGUUAUUUGGUUUUCCAAAAUGCACACUGUGGGUUAUUGAUUUGUUCUUUACAACUAUUGUUCUCAUAUUUCUCACACUAAAUAAAUCUCUAUGAGAGCUUCUUGA